UCCGGGACGAGAGCCUCUUCCAUCUGCUUAGGGCUACACCGGAGCUGGUGCCCACACAGCCAAGCCACGAAGCCAUAACACCCACCUCACCUCUAGCACCUCUGGGGUUAGAUCUUACCGGAGGUGAGGAGGUGUGAUAAGGAGCUGUCUUCUCUCCCUGCGCCCCGCGCCCAUCACCACCUGGGUGGCCUGAGGAGCCGGGGCAGGGCAGCCGGGCACACCAUGUCUGUGAGCUGUGGAAUACUGGGAACAUCCUUGACCCAGGAGAUCCUCAGUUCCCUGGGUUUGGCCAACAAGACUGCCGCUUGGGGGACCCUGGGCACCCUCAGGACCUUCUUGAGCUUCAGUGUGGACAAGGAUGUACAGAGGCUGCUGAAGGCCAUUACAGGCCAAGGCGUGGACCACAGCGCCAUCGUGGAUGUACUGACCAACCGGAGCAGAGAGCAAAGACAGCUCAUUUCCCGAGCCUUCCAAGAACGCACCAAGCAGGAUCUAUUGAAGUCCUUGCAGGCAGCCCUCUCUGGUGACUUGGAGAAAAUCGUGGUGGCUCUCCUCCAGCCUGCAGCCCAAUUUGAUGCCCAGGAAUUGAGGACAGCUCUGAAGACCUCCAGUUGUGCUGAGGACGUGGCCCUGGAAAUCCUGGCCACCCGCGCGGCACCCCAACUGCAGGAGUGCCUGGCGGUAUACAAGCAUGAUUUCCAGGUGGAGGCUGAGGAAGACAUCAGGACUGAGACCAAUGGCAUCUUGCAGGACCUGCUUCUGGCCCUGAGCAAGGGGGCCCGUGAGAGCUACUCUGGAAUCAUUGACUACAAUUUGGAAGAACAAGAUGUUCAGGCACUCCAGCAGACUGGGGGAUCCAGCCCAGCGGGUCAGUGGGUCCUGCUCUUUACACAACGCAGUCCUGAACACCUCAUCCGAGUGUUUGAUCGGUAUCAGAGAUGCACGGGGCAAGAACUGGAGGAUGCUAUCCGGAACUGUUUCCAUGGAGAUGCCCAGCUAGCUCUGCUCAGCCUAGCUUCCAUGAUGAGAAACACAGCACUGUACUUUGCUGACAAACUUCACCACGCCCUUCAGGAAACUGAGCCCAAUUGCCAAGUCCUGAUGCGGGUCCUCAUCUCCCGCAGUGAGAGCGACCUUCUAAGCAUCCGGGCUGAAUUCAAGAAGAAAUUCGGGAAGUCUCUCUAUUCUUCUCUCCAGGAUGCAGUCAGCGGGGACUGCCGCUCAGCCCUACUAGCCCUGUGCAGAGCUGAAGACAUCUGAGACCUUCCCGACUGCCCUGAUGUGCCGUUCAAAACCUGAGAUUCCCAUAGUUAAUUGGACACACAGAAGACGCCCAAGGAACACCAUAUAUGCUCACUUCCUCUUGAGGCUGGACCUCUACAUUUCUUUGCUAGCCUUAGAUCUCCCUCCUCGCACAGUGGUGUGUCCCAGCUCCGCUCCAGGGAAGAUGUCCUUGACACUGCCUGCCCUACUCCCCAGCAGCCAAACACUUCGGCAAAUUCA